AUGGCGCUCCUCACAAACCUCUUUGCCUACCAACCUUUCAAGGCGCUUUACGUCUUCGGCGCUCUCUUCAUCAACUUGUCCAAGCUGCCGUUAUGGAUUCUGAAAUCCGCCUUCGUCCGCCAACACCCCACAUGGACCUUCCGCCAGGCGCUCGCAGUGCGCAUCACACGCGCUUUCAUUUCGACUGUUUCCGUGAUCAGGCUGCAUACGCCGCUGUCAUUGAAACCCGGGAAGGAGGGCGAGCGCUUCGUUAUCAUUAAGAAACGCGACUCAGAUGCCACCAAGUUCAAGGGCCCCAUGCUCGCCAAUGCCUCCACCGUCCAGCCUGUCGACAUCGGCGCAACGUGGUACCCCAAGCCCUUGACCGCAGCAGAGGUUACAGACGAUGUGAAAGUGAUCCUACACAUCCAUGGUGGCGCCUACGUCAUUGGCGACGGCCGCACAGAAGCAACGGGCUACCUUGCCAAAUCUCUCGCAAAGCACACACCCGCGACACACGUUGUGUGCCCGCAGUACCGACUGUCUACCCUACCCGCUGGACCGAAUUCGAACCCAUUCCCCGCCGCCCUGCAAGACGCGCUUACGUCGUACCUAUAUCUCCUUAACGAGUUGCAGAUCCCAGCAGAGAACAUCGUGCUCUCCGGCGACUCCGCGGGCGCAAACUGCGCCAUCGCCCUGCUCCGGUACAUCGUCGAGUACGGCACCGAGCUGUCAAUCCCGCACCCGGGCUCCGCCCUCCUCUGGUCCCCGUGGGUAAACCCUACAGAUGCAGACACCUCCUACGUGCACACGAACGCCCACUACGCGACCGAUUACAUUGUCCCGAGUUUCACGUCGUGGGGCGUGUGCGCGUUCGCGGGGCAGAAUCCGCCGCUGGAGGGGCCGAGCAUCAUCGCGAGUAAUCCGUAUGCUAAUGCGAAGUUGAGCGGGUUUAAAACACCGGUGCCGUUGUACGUGAAUGUGGGGGGAGCCGAGGUGCUGUACUAUGACGGUCUAGACUGGGUCGCCAUGAUGAGGAAGAAGGGUAACGAGGUCGCGCUGGACGUUACGGAGGGCGCGUGCCACGAUGUAUUCAUGGUUGCUGGGCUUGUGGGAAUGGAGAACGCGGCGAGGGAGAUGGGGAAGAACGCUGGGGAAUGGUUGAAGGGUGUAGGGAAGUAA